CCUCACAAUUUUCCCCCCAGUUUUGAAUACAUGUUUGGAGUAGAUCUUGUCCCAAUGUUAACAAUUGGGUUCUUUUUUAUAAUUGGUGUACUUAUUGCCUUAAAUAUCCCACGGCUAAGAGUUUCCUGGUUCAAGUGUUUCAUUGCAACAUUUGCCAUCUCCUUCUUUGUCAGCAUUCUUUGGAACUGGCUCUAUCUGUACAAGGAGGCCUAUGCAAAACACCAGAGCAAAUUAAUGAAAGUGGAAAAAUAUAAAGAAUGGUACAGAACCAGUUGGACUUUUCAAAGUGACCCUUGUGAGGAAUACCUAAAGAUCAUCCUAAUUGACCCCUUUAUCGAGGUACCGGCAAUCAAGGCAUUUGUGUACACAUUGACCACCUUCAUCAUAGAGCCACUGAGGGCCUUAGGAGAAGGGAUGGGUGGUUUCUUUCAAGCACUCUUCAAAGAUCUACCAUUUAUCCUUUGGAUACCAGUUCUCAUCAUUAUUGCCAUAUUAAGUUUGGGAGCUCUUGUGGUAGGACUGCCAGCAGUUUUCCAUCAAGUCAGACAUUUUCUACCCUGGUUGGAUAGAAACCAGGGUGCACAAGCACUUAACCAACUCCAAAAUGACAAUGUCAGGAUAGAUUAGAAUGUCACCCAACAGCACCAAGGAAGAGAGACCAAUAUACAGAUUCUGACAAGUGCUGACCAUCCACAAACUGAGGGGGUUCCUGAAGCUGAGGGGGGCCAGGUAAACACUGAUGAGAGGAAUAAUAUCUCUAUUAAGUCCGGCUUUGAAGACCAGCAGGAGAUGCGGUAGGAGGUCAGGCGGAGUACUGUGACUCCAACAGACCAAGCAAAAGGCAAUCAACCUAAAUUAGAUUAUUCACAGGCAAAGAAUAAAAAGAUAAAAGCAGAGAAGAAAGGUUCUCAUGAUGAGCCUUGUGGAGACAGUGCAGCACCUGCACCUUUGGCGUACAGGUGAGUUAGUUCUAAUAAUUAUUCAGCUAAAUCACUCUAAGAUUAUGAAAGCACAAUUUAACACUGUAAUGUUGUGAUGUCUCAGAAUGUGGAAAAAUGGGACUCAUUUUUGAAAAUCUGUCCAUGCAGUAGAAAGUGUGUCUGGAUCCCACAGAUUCACACUGAAAAUGUUUCUGCUUAGAAGAUAUGAUCGGAUCCAAUGGGUUACCUGUACUUAUAGCUGAAAGCUAAAUAAAAUUGGUAUUUAUAAUCAGUGUUGGCUGUUCACUUCAAAAAGCAUUAAAUGAGAACAAUUGGAUUCAAAUUAAGCUGAACCAAUACUGAGCAAUUUGUUGUCUGGUCUGCAGCACUGUGGCUGCAUUAAGGAAGAGCUGAUUGUAUCAGGAGGACUUUGUUUCCAUUGAUUCUCUCUUAAACUGAUUUAGUUCAGACUUUUUUUUUUUUACACUUUGCUUAAAUAUUUUAUCUAUUUCCUAUAAUCAUGGUGCUGGGUCCAGAUUCACAAAACUACAAGAUAGAUUCAUGAAACUUGAAUGUGCAAUAACCAAAUACUUGGUUUAGUCUGAUAAUUUAAGUUUCUUUCUUGCAUUAAACACAUACAACUUGAAAUAUUUACACAAGUUAUUUUAGAAUGUCUGUUUUAAUAUUUUUUAAAUAUUUUUUUUCCUAUUAUAAAAUAUAAAAAGAGUGCAGACAAUAUGAAUGAGUGCAAUAUUUUUACUUAGAUUCUUAAAAUCAUGGAUUUUCAGCUCAUAUCGACUGCUGCGGCAGGUGUUGGGUAAAUCGGCUCUUGCUUUACUUGUUCUUAAAAAUCUGCCUGCCUCUACUUCUGCUUAAAAGGAUUUUCAUGUUUGGUCAGACAUUGUAUCUUUCUUUGUAAAAUGGGCUUUGUUUUUGUGUAGACUUAUACUGUAAGACAUUUAAACAAAUAUGCAAUUAGACACUGUUGCCAAGCACUAGUCAACCAUGUAAUAAAGUUAUUACAG